CUUCCGGUUAUCUGUAGACCAAUCAGAAUCUACAUCCGUAAGCAACUCAGAGAUCGCUGCCGUGUAGUGUGUGCAUUCAGAGUAUCGCGGAGCUAUCAAGAGCUAUCAAUUUGAUAGAACGCUAAAAAAACAAAACGUUGUUCACACCAGAACCGGGGAAUUGUUACUAUGGUAGGCGUCAAAGUAAUCGAGAGCGACCCGGACUUCCAGCCGGAGCUAGCGGCCGCCGGCCCCCGGCUCGCCGUAGUGAAGUUCACAAUGGCCGGGUGUCGACCCUGUGUCACAAUUGGUCCAGCAUUCCACAUGUUAAGUAACAAGUAUCCACAGGCCAUUUUCCUUGAAGUAGACGUUCAUGUGUGUCAGGCGACAGCAGCAGCCAACAACAUCUCAGCCACGCCGACGUUCUUGUUCUUCAGGAACAGAGUCCGGGUGGAUCAUUAUCAAGGAGCAGACGCUGCAGGUCUGGAGGAGAAGAUCAAACAGCACACGGAAAACGACGCUGGAAACGAAGAUUCUGACAUCCCAAAGGGAUAUAUGGACCUCAUGCCUUUUGUCAACAAAAGCGGCUGUGAGUGCAUGAACGAGAGCGAUGACUGCGGGUUUGAUAACUGCCUGAGCAAAGACUCGUCCUAUCUAGAGUCUGACUGUGAUGAGCAGUUGUUGAUAACCAUCGCCUUCAAUCAACCAGUGAAACUGUUCUCCAUGAAGCUCCUGUCCUCGGACCUUACCCAAGCUCCAAAAGUGGUGAAGAUAUUCACCAAUCUCCUGCGGUCGAUGGGCUUCGACGAUGCCGAGCGAAGUGAACCUGUGCAGAUGCUGGACCUGUCGGAGGAGGACUACAAAGAGGACGGUUUGAUCCCGCUGCGAUACGUCAAGUUUCAGAACGUACAGAGCGUUACGUUGUUUGUCAAAUCAAAUCAAGGAGAUGAGGAGACAACAAAAAUCAAGUACCUGACAUUUAUAGGCACACCAGUACAGGCCACCAACAUGAACGACUUCAAACGGGUCGGUGGAAAGAAAGGAGAAAGUCACUGAACAGCAGGUUGAAGAAGACGAAGAAGAGGAGGAGUAGGAACAGGAAAAUGUUCAUCCAAAGACUUUCAGUCUGUCAAAGCUGCCAUACACAGACUCACACACAUACACACAUUGACACACACACACACUCUUCCACCCAGCCUCCUCCAGCUCUGAGUGGGUUCUUCUGUCUGUGGAGUCUGAACCUACAAAUGCUUUGUAUUGUAAUUCUGAUGAAAAACACUGUAAAUAAAAGAUGAUCCUUUUUCAAAGGCA